AUGGAGUCAUCUUAUCUAAGACCAUCGCUUAAAGAAAGCCGAUUAGGAUUGAACCUUGGCGAAAACCAAUUGGUUGGAGGAAAGUUUAUUUGUGCCUUUUCUAAUUGUUUAACGGAUUUAAAGGUUGUACGGGCAAGAAAGAAAGAUACAGACAUUGUCUAUGCUUUAAAGGUAAUGGAUAAGAAGUUCAUCACUAAGGAAAACAAGACAUCAUAUGUGAAGUUAGAAAGAAUAGUUCUUGAUCUUGAACCAUCAGGCAUUGUCCGGCGUUUUUUUACUUUUCAGGAUACCUUUUUUCUCUUUAUGGCCCUAGAAUCAUGUGAAGGUGGAGAGCUUUUUAAUUUGAUAACCAGAAAAGGUGGUUUGUCUGAAAAUGAAGCUUGCUCUUAUGCUGCAGAAGUUGUGGACACCCAGGAGUAUAUACAUGGUUUGGGUCUGAUAAACCGUGACAUUAAGCCAGAGAACUUGUUGCUUACCUCUAAUGGUCACAUCAUCAAGAUUGCUGAUUUUGGUAUGCAGGAUAACAGUAUCACAGUCCUCCCAAAUGCCGCAUUAGAUGAUAAGGCUUGCACUUUGUGGGAACAACUGCAUAUAUAUGUGCCUCCAGAAGUAUUGAAUUCUUCACCUGCAACAUUUGGGUAA